AAAUGUGUACGGAAGCAGCAUGUUCCAGGUGGUAUGAGUCCAGACGUGUGAGCUUUUGUAGAUUUUGUAGUUUUAAAAUAAGCCAUACUUUUCUAAAUACCGUCCGACAGCUUUAACGUUGAUAACUGUGACAGCUCUAUAGCCCGGAACUUGUUUACAUAUAUAUCCGAGUGGUUAAGAUGGAGAAAGGCUCCACAGGCUCUACAGAAAAGACCCAGUCGGCUUUUCCUUGUAAGGAUAAGAGUGACGAGGACUCUCGCGGCCCAAAUUCCUACAACUCCAGGGAAGCAACCUGUGGUGCUACUGCAGGUCGAGCGAGAUGGACUCUGCUGAGACAGGUGUUGUGUCAGAAGCAGACAGACAGUCCUGAGGUCAAACAGGUGUCUGUUCGUAGGUUUGCCUCCUUUGACCUUUUCAGAAGGAAAAAACGCUCCGCACAAGAACACUGUGAUACCUCAGAUGACCAGUGGGUGGAGUACAGAAGUGUCUACUAUCCUGAAUACGGUGCCUUCCUCAGGGAUAACCUGGGACCUCUCAAAGUUAAUGAAGUGCUCAAUAGUUUUGACAACACUGGCAAUGUCUGUGUGUGGCCUUCUGAGGAGGUGAUGGCACAUUACUGUCUGCAGAAGCGGCACACGUUCAAGGGUGCAGUGUGUGAGUUAGGAGGAGGUAUGACUUGCCUUGGUGGGCUCAUGGUUGCCAUUUCUGCUGACGUGAAGGAAGUCCUGCUAUCAGAUGGGAAUGAGAAGUCCAUUCAGAAUGUUCAGAGAGUGGUCGAGAGUAACAGGCGGGCCGGAAAGUUUGGGUCAACGCACGUAUCGUCAAGGGUGGUUAGGUGGGAUUGCGAGGUGGACAUUUCAGCGCUGGAAGGUCACUUUGAUACCGUCAUGUGUGCAGACUGUUUGUUUCUCGACCAGUACAGAGCCUGUCUGGUUGAUGCCAUAAGGAGAUUACUGCGACCCAACGGCAUGGCGUUGGUGUUUGCUCCUGGAAGAGGUGAAACUCUAACACUGUUUUGUCGGCUGGCCCAGCAGGCCGGUCUGUGCGUCUGCCAACACCAGCAGUACGACUCUCAGGUCUGGGAUGUUCAUCUAAAGAUGCUGAGAGAAGGAAAGCAGGCAUACGAUGAAAACAUCCACUAUCCUCUCCUCGUCACCCUGACCAAAGGACCUCAACCUGUUAAUCAAGCUCAGUAAAAUGGAAUAAGGGAGCUCUUUGCUAUACAUAACACUCCACACUGUUUUCAUUUUCUUUUUUUUUUUUUAAAUUUCACCUCCAGCCAUAUUCCAAACAACUCCUCUCAGUCCAGAAGAUGGUGACUCAGCUUUUAUAGCUUGCAGUUAAUCUGCUAGUUAAAAAGUUUCGCCGUCCGUUGUGGAUUUAUCGACUUUACAAGGGGUCUGUGAUUCCUACGCAUUCACUUGAAAUUCCGCCUGCUUGCGGUGAAUUACGUGACAGUUUUCCGUACAUGUCAGGUAUUCAUUAGCGUUUUCCAGCUUGAACUAGUCACUGUCAACGAACGUCGCUCACUGUGUUCCCGCGCUCAGCGUGGAGGCCGGCUUCGACUCGCAGCGCGGAGCAAUUUGCAGCUUCCUCAGUUUCCACCUUUAAUUUCACUUAAAACAUCUCAUUCAGCCCAGCCAGGGGUCAGUACAAAGAACUUAAUUUGUGUGUGUGCGUUACAGCAGUGCAGCGCAUUAACACAUUACGGCACUUUCAAAUGAAAAGAGCAUCGGUUGCUGCAGGAGACACAGAUUUUCUAUGAUGUUUUUUUUUUUUCCACUGCAAUUUUGCUGCAAUUAACACAAGUAAUCUCCAGCAUACACACUAUGAAUCCACUAUCGGUAUUGCUUUACAGUUUGCUGAGAUGAUGAAAGGAACAACCUGAUCUUAAUUUGUUAACCAUCGUCUGUAAUUUCCCUCUUCAGUUCCAGUUUGAGUUGCUAAAAUGCAGCUGAUUACUCUGAUUUUACCGAUGUGUGAAUCUUCACACCUGGCUCAUUGUGUCAAGUAUCAUUAUUUUUGAAGAGGUUUGUGAGCUCACGCAGUACUGUUGUGCUAGUAUAUAUUGACCCAAUACUGUGGAAUAGAAAAUGAUGUAUUUUUGUGAUUGUGUGCGUGAAUUAGCUAUUGUUAUUUCAAUCUUUUCCAAGUGACGGUAUUCUGUGCUGGCGAGCGCAACAAACUUAUUUCGGUUUGGUUUUGGUGACAUUUAUUGGUAAAGACUUAAAAAAUAAAUUUAUGUGUUAUUGAAGUAGGGUUAUCUCAGACUGAAAAUCUGUUUGAGUGUUUUAAAUGGACUGGUAAAUGGACUGAACUUAUAUAGCAAUUUGGGGUUAAGUGCCUUGCCCAGAGGCAGAUCGACAUGUGGCAGGAGGAAGCUGGAAUCGAACCUACAACCUUCCGAUCGUAAGACGACUACCGAAGCGCCACAGUUGCCCCUAGUGGGGAAAAACACAAAGUUAAUGUUCUAUAUUUUGUACAAUCUGAUUUUGCUAAUAGAACAGCGAUUCAUCUUCUCCUGUAACAUUUUAGAGAGAGGAAUCCUUGACGUUUUUAUCUUAUAGUCUCUUCAGGUUCCUUCUGCAGGAUUUAAAUCUGGAGAAAGAGAUGACUGUGGAACCGGGUCGUUUGUUAGACCAUUUCUGUAGACUCUUGCAGACUUUUUUAAUUCAACAUUUCUUUCUAUCUACUUAAGAAAGUGUAUAAUCCCAUGAAUAGUGUUACCUUAGCAUUUAUUUGGAAGAAAAGCAGGCCAUCAUAGCAUUACAGACCCUCCGUCAUGUCUAGCAUUGAGCGCUAGAGGCUCACACAUGUAUCAUGCGAACCCAAACGGCGUGAGGUCACAUGUUUGCAGACCACCGCCAAUGUUCCCCUUCUGGAUCCUCCAUGUUGGUUUUACGAAACGGUCACAGAGGGAGCGCCACUCUUUUCUACAGACAGUCUCCGAACAACAGUGUUGCAAUUCCCAUUCGGGAGUUUUUAGCCAUUUGACUGUCUUAUUAUAGUAGUUAUUUAGUGAAAAACAAGUGUACAUAUUUCCUCAACACGUCAGAUAAGUGUUCCUCAAAAGUAUUAAUGUCUCUUGCAGCUACAAAAACCAUAUAGUGGAAGCUAGUUGAAUAGAAAUAUCAACAUUUCUGUCUGAUCGCAUUUCUGCAUAAAACACGAAUGCGAAACACUUCUGACCCAAUCUGCAUGAUUUUUCUUAAAGCUCACGAUGCUAACGUUUGACACGGUGUGAUGGAAAAGCUUGUGUUUCUGGCAUCACUCUAAAAAGGAAAAGGAGGUCACCAUGGAGACUCAGUGACCUGGACCUGUCAUUGGUUGCUACAGUUUUUCUGGAGUUUUAGAGGCUUAUUUUGCCUCCAUUAUCAUCCUGCUCACUGUCUAUAGCUAUGCGGUCACGUCAUAUUUAUAUCACACGUAAAUUAAACACAUCCCAGACGAUUUGCCCUUGACUCACGCUGAGGUUACAACAAGCGACAAGAUGGAGCUGGAAGACGUCAAACAAAAGCUAAAAACAGGAGAAGUUACACUGCUUACUUAAAUGAUAGUAGUCUAAAAACAAAAGCAGUAACAUUUUAUUUAAAAUGAUAUGUUGGGUUUACUUCGAGCUCAGACACAACGCCUCUGGGCUCGAGCCGGGUCAGGUUGAAUUUUUUUAGGCCUGAUCUAAAGUCUACUCUAAAUUGAUUUACUCAAAAUAAAGGUAGGAUUUUUCACAAUUUUCACUGUGAGAUGAUGUAAAUACAUAAAUAAUAAUAAUGUGAAUUUAUCUGAAGCCUUCUUUCCCGUCUUUACCAGGCAGCAAUAAACGUUGCUGGCAUGGCACCUUUGAAAAAAUAAGUAAAUUGUAAUACAUAGAGUGUUUCUCCAGAGGACAAAGUGUGCAAUAAGUAAAAUAUGUCAGAUUCAUCCAUGACCCUUCUGUUACCAUAGUGACUAUUUUAUGACCUGCGGCCGCCUUUGCAGAAUGCCUGAAUGUCUGGAAGUUUCCACAAAAUCUGGAAACUUUAGUUGCUGGAGAACAAUCAUCAGGAGUAUCAAACUCUAAACUGGAACCAAAUCCUGUGUUGAUUCUGAGUUAUACGAUACGCAUAUCUAUAUCUUUAUCUCUUAAAUUCACAACCUUACAGAUGUUUGCUUCUUCAGUUUAUUCCAUGCCACGUUUUUAUCAACCAACUGUUCUCAGGUGUUUUUGUCACAGAUCGUCUGGCUUCCUGUUUCUUGUAUCAUCGGGAAAGCUGCAGGUAUGAAGGUGUGUGUUGCGGCUCGCGACGCGUUUCCACAUUACACUGUGAUCCACUGACGUACAGGACAGCCAAGAAGCUGUGCAGGACUUCCCUAGUGGCUGCUGUUUACAUUUCACACAAGAUAAUCAGCCUCAGUAAAAAAAACAAAAGGACGUUAUAAAAGCGGUGUCACUGUUGUGAUUAUUGAAAUGUCAUUUCAAAAACACGUGUGAAUGUUUUUAAUCGCACUGUUACCAAACCAUAAAAAUAAUAAUUUCUUAAAUAAUCUUCUAUACAUAAAGACGAAUACGCCGGGAUUACCAUGAUUUGACUAGUAUUAUUGUCAGUUUAAAGUGUUUGGUAUUAAACAAAUCAGCAUUAUAGCCAGUAAGCACUGUUUAAAAAGCAUAAAUGAAAACUUUCAGCGUUAAUUUUUUUUUGUUUGCAUUCAUUUCAAGCUGGCUCUAAUUUCAUGCUGCCUUAAAACACAGAGGCACCAUAAAAAAAAAAUAAAAUAAAAUAAAGUAUUUGUGAUUACUGAAGAAUUCACAAUUCAAGCUAAAUGUCUUUUACACAAUCUGUGAGAAAUUAAAUAAUUUCUGAAAGUAUUUUUAGUAAUCAGAAGGAAUAUCAUAUCUGUAUAAUUAAGUUUCUACAUAAAUAAACCAAAUGCUCUUACUUUCAAAGCAGAUCAUUUUUGCUUCGUAGGACGAGAUCAGCUCACCUUAGGAUGACCUCAGUCCUAAUUCUGUAGAAGAUCUGACUAAUUACAGUAAAAUGAACUCGCCCAAUCAUUCCUCUAAGUGGGCUUUGGAAUCGUGACAUUUAUGAGUAGUUUUACUCACUGUGGGGACCAGAAAUCAGAGUCAGUCGCUCUGAGGCUUCGUGUUUUUACUGCAUCUGAGAGGGGGCAAGCUGCCCGGUUCAGGAGCUUUCGCUGCACUUUGUCAGUUUUGCAGCAGUGCGACACAUUGCACAGUUUACGCGGCGCCUCUGAGUCGUGACGCCCGUGCAACUGAAUUAUUCGACGUGUCCCCAAGAAAUCUGCGGCAGCCUGGCUUGAGCCGUAGCUCACGUCACGCCUGCGACAGCAGCAGCAGCAAAGCUAUCGAUAAUAUCCAUCUUGGAUAUGUAAAUAUGCCUUAGAAACGCAUGGCUGAUCUGCAUCGGAAGAGUUCGACCUUCAACUUCAGUCUGUGUAUGGAUGUAACUGAUUUUCAUUCUUGAACCGGACCACUGUCAGCAAACUCAGCUGCGUUUUCUUCAUCAUGUGCGUCAGCAUCAAUUUUAGCCAUAACGGAAAAACAAUAUUUGACUUAGUAGAAAAUGCAUAUCUUGUUUAUUAUUAUUGAAACUCUUGCUGAACGAUCUAUCAGCUCAUACCUAAUAUGUGUGAAUUACACGUUUGAAUCUAUAAUUUCAUUGUUAUUAGAGCAACAACUGCUCAGUUCAGUGUCCUGUUUAUCACUGCGUGUGAAUUUGAGGCCUCAAACAGACGCGACAAAAACAAAAAAAAAAAAGUAGAAGUGAGGAGGGUAUGUAAGUCAAAUAGAUUUGACUCAGAAAAGAGGAUGAGCUUUUUGCUUUGCUGUGAUGAAAGUCAUUUGGAUGUUCAUGGUUUUUCUGAUCGAAUAAAAUAUUUUUC